AUGCAAAAAUUGCAAUCAAAUCAAAUUGACAAUAAACACACGAUUUUACUAAAUCACCGGCAAUUAAUAAAUGAAGCAUACGCAGCUGGAGUACCUCACUAUGAAGUAUAUGAAUUAAAAUCGCAGUUGUUUCACUUUCAGCCAAAAAUAACUCAACAGUCACAGCAAGAUCUAAGGAAGCGCAAACGCAAACCGAACGAAGUCGAAAACAAUGCAUGUGAGAAUAAUAUUCUGGGCUACCUGGAACUGCUGCCCGAUGCCAAAGUGGACGAUUUGCCACCACUGCCCCGCUACUGGGAAGAAAAGUAUGGUCUGCCGCAAAUGCAUGGCAGCAAUAUGAGCGGUAAAUUUCAAAAGUAUAAAACACAGGAAAAGACUUUCAUAAUACCACAUGCAACCCGCUUUUACAACCAUAACGUGGAUCAACUAACCACAUUAUUGCCACAGCUGUUGCCCAGUUAUGAUAUAAUUGUGAUUGACCCUCCCUGGCGCAACAAAUACAUACGCCGUGUAAAGCGCGCCAAGCACGAGUUAGGAUAUGCCAUGAUGGACAAUGAGCAAUUGGCACUGCUGCCAUUGAAUCAACUCACACAUGAGCGCAGCAUUGUGGCCAUUUGGUGCACGAACUCCAACUUACACCAGACGAUGCUGGAAACAGAGCUACUGCCACGUUGGCAUCUACGUUUACUGCACAAACUGCGCUGGUACAAGCUUAAUACGGCACAUCGACUCAUUUGCAACGUAAACCAAACGGAUUCCACACAAAAACAGCCCUACGAGCAGCUCUAUUUGGCCUGCCACGCACAGAGCGAUGGGGCAUAUGCCGCAGACUUGCAGCAAACCGAAUUCCUGCUUAGCGUGCCCAGCAUUGUGCACUCGCACAAGCCACCGCUCCUUGACUGGUUACGUCCACAUUUGCAGCUUGAGCAGGAUCAAGCUGAGCCCAAUUGCUUAGAGCUGUUCGCCCGCUAUUUGCAACCGCAAUUUACGUCGAUUGGCAUCGAAGUAUUGAAGCUAAUGGAUGAGCGUUUGUACGACCAAGUAAUAAAAAGAAGCUAAUAAUUCAA